AUGGGCCAACCAUCAAUCCCCCCUACCCCCACCUCCGCCAGUGCGGCCGGUAAAACCGCCAUCAUCACUGGCGGUAACACUGGAAUUGGCUACGAAGUCGCUCGUCAGCUCCUCCUCCUCAAAGCAUCACGCGUUAUUAUAACCGUCCGAUCAACCAGCAAAGGUCAGGAAGCUGUCGCCUCACUACGCGCCCAUCCGGAAGUGAAAAAAGCCAACCCUACCGCCACGAUUGAAUUCUUCCAUCUCGAUCUUGACGAUUUUCAAUCCGGCGUGGAGUUUGCAAAAAAGAUCCGCGCCGAGGUCUCUGAACUACAUAUUCUUAUCUGCAACGGUGGUGUCAAUCUGAUCAGCUACGAAGCUAGCAAGAGUGGUCAUGAACGUGUUAUGCAGGUCAACUGCUACACUCAUUUCCUAGUUACAUUAGAACUCCUUCCUCUUCUUCGUGCGACGGCAGUGAGCUGUGGCGAACCAUCACGUCUCACGUUCGUCGGGUCGAGUAUCCAAAACUUCAACACACUGGCGAAAAAGCCUCUAACAGAUUCCAAGACUGUGAUCGAACACUACGAUGACAGACAGAUAUACAGCGGGCUAAAUCGGUACGCGGAUAGUAAAUUAGCCGUGCAUGCGUUCGUGCAGCGACUAGCGAACAUCGUGCCGUCUUCAGAGCUUAUCAUCAACGAUCUAUGUCCUGGCAUGGUAGCUACCAACUUCGACCGUGGACUGCCGCUCUGGUUGAAGCCUGUUAUGGCCGUGUUGAGGAGGCUGAUUGCGAGAACGGUCGAUGACGGGGCAAGGACGGUUAUCUAUGCGGCUGUUGUUGCCGGGCAGGAGACCCAUGGAAAGUUUUUGCAGAGUAACAAGGUGGAUCCAGGCGCACCCAUCCUUCAGGAGAAGGUCGGACAGACCUUUAGCGAGAGAUUGUGGAAGGACAUUAUCACGGAGGCUAGCAAGUAUGACGCCGAGUUGCAGAGCUUUGCUUGA